UUAACAAAGACGAUUUUUUAACUAUUUAAGGCGAAUAAAGCCACGUUUCUUCGACGCCAGAAACUUGGUGUCCGAAACUUUCAUCCGGUCUGCUCGGACGGGCCGAAAGUUAACUCGAGCGCCGUGGAUCACCAGCAGAACAGCAUGUUGAACUCAGAGGAAUGCGGGGAGCAGCAGCUGCACCUGCGCUGGAACAACCACAGCAGCACUAUGCUGGACGUGUUCAUCGAGCAGUUCAAACAGCAGAACCUCAUCGAUGUCACCCUUUCCUGUCAGGGAAGACACUUCAGGGCGCAUCGAAUGGUCCUCUCUGCCUGCAGUCCCUACUUUCAGGACAUUUUCAACAACCACAACACACCGCACCCAAUCGUGAUUUUGAACCACAUGAACAGCAACCACGUCAAGUCACUGCUCGAGUUCAUGUACAAAGGGGAAAUCAGGGUGCUUGAGAGCGAGUUGGAUAGCUUCCUGCUGCUGGCUGAGACGCUGCAGGUCAAAGGGCUGUGCAAUAUUCGGUCCAAAAUCGUAGUCAAGAGGCCAACCACGGCCGACUUGGACAGUGAACCAAAGAGUAAAUUGUGCAAGAGUGAGCAUGAGAGUAACAGUGAGCUGCCAAUGCUAGGAGAGAGCGAGGCGAACGAGCGGCUCGAGUCGUCGGCAAACGAAGACAGUGCGGAGGAGACUUGCAACGCGGCAGGCAAGAAGGCGAGAAAAGUCGCUCAUAUCGUGCGAGUGCAGCUCGGAGACUCAUCGUCCACGGACAAAGGCGACUCCGAGUUGGCUUCCUUGAUUAAAGUAGAGCCGCCAGACAUAACAGACAUAGACGCUAGCUCACCAGAUGUAAAAGAAGAAGAUCCUCGCGUGGUUAUUGACUUGCCUGUAGUGGACGACAAUGUGACGACGAUAACGACAACCACGUUCCGGCCGAACAAAGUUGCAGGAGUGACGACGCUGAAGGGGAAGAAAGUUCGGGGGGCAGAGGUGUGCGGAGGGGGUGAGGACGCGGAGAAGAUCCGGCGGCCACCGAACGCGUUCAUGAUCUUCGCGAACGAGUGGCGGCGCAAGCUGGCGGCGGAGAACCCGAGUGACAGCAACAAGGCCAUCAGCAUCCGACUGGGCGUGCUGUGGAAGAGCAUGGACUCAAACGAGAAGCAGGCUUACUACAACGCGGCCAAGGCAGCUGACAUGGAGCACAAGAAGAAGUACCCGGGCUACUACUACAGCCCCAAGGAGGCGCGCGAGGCGCUGCUCAGGAAGAAGUUGACCAAGAAGAAGCCCUGCUUCGAGGCCACCCAGCUCGUCCGCGUCCUCAUGCCUGUCACUGACGAUGACGCUGACGACAUGGACGACGCCUCGCAAGUGCCAUUAUCCUAGAAAUAAAAAUUAUAUAAAGAAAAGCAGCCACUAGCUCGGAGCUUAGCUGAAGUUGAUCUUGUCAUUUGUUUGUUUGCUUGUCGUAAGAGGAAGGAAAAUUUUAAAAUACCAUUUUUUUGCACGUACCUCAAUCGAUUUGAAUGGAUGUGGUCCUGACGUGUGCGAUAAUUAGCUGUUGCAUUUAUUCUUGGCUCUGUGGCAACUCUGUCCUUUUCCCUGCACUCGAUAAUUAAAAAUCUUUCUAAUAUUUUUUAUGGACACUCAUGUAAUUUUAUAUCGCUGAAAAUAAUUGGUUUGGUGUUUAGAGCCGGUAACAGAUGGCACCACCGUUGAUUUAAUUGUUUGUUUUGUUUCAAAUUCAAUCUUUAUUGCGUUUUAAAAAAAGGUUACAUUGCCAGUGCAGUUUGAACAAAAAAUACUACUUAUAUAUGUUCAUACUUUUGUAAGAAAAACAAUCAAUUUCUUGCAUGUUGUAUAAAACUGUUGUUAACUCUUUACUUAAUUUUAUUUGGCCUUUCUUCGCCCAGGAAGAAAAGUCAGAAAAUGUUUUACUGUCCUUGCCACGCUUAUUCUUUUUCCCAAAGUGUAUUACUCUGCAUAUCAGCUGACUAUUAAAAUGUAGGUUGAAAAGAAAUAGGAGUGAGAGCUGCGCUGAAUUAGUUAACUCUGUGUUAUCACAUGGACGAGCAUUGUAAAUAAAAUGGAUAAACUCAGGACACAA